AUGUUUCGUCAUUUUCUUGCUCGUUCUGGCCGCAUUUCAUCUGCUACAUUGGCUUUAGGUGUUGCAGCUGCAGGUUGUACUUUGGGUAUACAACAUCAUCCAUUGCAAUCAUCCAUUGCAUUAUCGGAGGAUUCGUUCCCCUUAGCUGCAGCGGUAGCCAAACAACCCAAAAUCAAUGGCUUGAAAAUCUUUAGUGGGAAUGCAAAUCAUGAACUUGCAGCAAAUGUGGCAAAACUUGUGGGGGUUCAAUUGGGAAAAAUUACCGUCGAACGAUUUGCUGAUGGAGAAGUGAAUCUCAUGGUUCAUGAAAACGUACGGGGAAAAGACGUGUACAUUGUCCAGCCAACGUGUGUACCUGUGAAUGAAAAUCUCAUGGAGUUAUUGCUUAUGGUGAGUACAAUGCGACGCUCGUCUGCACGUCGUAUUACGGCGGUCAUUCCGUACUAUGGCUAUGCACGUCAAGAUCGAAAAAUGGCGGCUCGUGUACCCAUUUCAGCUGCUGAUGUGGCUCGUUUACUGGAAGCUAUGGGUGUUGAUCGUGUCAUUGCUGUAGACCUUCAUUGUGGUCAAAUCCAAGGCUUUUUUGGACCCCAUGUACCCGUGGAUAAUUUGGAUGGUGGACUUGUUGGUGUUUCAUACUUUGGCAGUCAUGAACUUGUGAAUCCCGUUGUAGUGUCUCCUGAUGCUGGUGGUGUUGCACGUGCCAAGAAGUUUCGGGAGUGGCUUGUUGGCAAGCACGGUCUUCCCAAUACAGGGCUGGCUAUGAUCAUUAAGCAGCGUAUUAAAGCUGGUGAGAUUGACCGUAUGGACCUCGUGGGUCAAGUCGAGGGCUCGGAUUGCAUUAUCGUGGAUGACAUGAUUGACACGGCCGGUACGUUGUGCAAGGCUGCGCAGCACUUGGUAGACCAUGGGGCUCGUAACGUGUACGCGUUUGCGUCGCACGGUCUGUUCAAUGGCGCCGCUAGUGAACGCAUUAAGAAGUCAGCACUGAAAGAGGUCGUGGUCGUCAAUACGACGCCGCUGCCGAAGAGCUGUGAGGGCAAUGAAAAGAUUGUGCAAUUGGACAUUGCGCCAUUGCUAGCGCAGGCUAUCCAGAAUAUUCAUGGCAAGAAGUCAGUGUCCCAGCUUUUUCACUAG